UUGGCAACAAUGGUGACAAAGUAAUUGAGGAAAGGUGUGAGAUUUAGGCAUCGAUGGUGACAGAAGAAGGACCAAAGAGGCUGACUGAGAUUACAGAAUUUAGUCCUUCCUACACGUUGGUAUGAGAUUUAGGCAUCGAUGGUGACAGAAGGAGGACCAAAGAGGCUGACUGAGAUUACAGAAUUUAGUCCUUCCUUCACGUUGUUAUUAUUUUGAUGUAUAUUAUUGGUGAAGCAUGGAGUGCGAAACACUCUUGUUAAUUGUCUUCCUAUUUAAUUAGCAUCGAGACAUUGACUUGAAGAACUUUCUUUGGCGGUCAUAUUAAGAGGAAUCUUCAACUCAAUUUCUUCAAGGGGCCUCGUAUAUUUAUAUGUCAUAUUACCGUUUGAGAUAACAACUCGUAUUUCCUUCUUUAUUGUGAUAUGGCCACAGUUGUGAAUAGGAAUACCGGUUUUCUGGUGGCCCUUUUGCAUUGGUAUCUUUCCUUGGCUACUAUUAUAUGCAUGUUUACAAAUGGUCAUGGAAAUCCAAAUGCCCUUUGCAGAAAAAGAGAAAGAGAAGCCCUCCUCACCUUCAAACAAGGUAUCACAGAUCCUUCCAAUCAACUCUCAUCUUGGAUUGGCGAAGAGUGUUGUAUGUGGAAAGGAAUUGGUUGUGACAACACAACUGGGCAUGUCAUCCAGCUAAAUCUUACAAAUGCAGAUCAUCCUUGGUCCAAAUUGGGUGGGCUGAUAAGUGAUUCUUUGUUGGAGUUGGAACAUCUUCAAUAUUUGGACCUAAGUUCAAAUGGUUUUGAAGAUAAUCAUUUUCCAAGCUUCCUUGGACACUUCCGAGAUCUAAGAUAUCUAAACCUCUCAGAUGUGGGUUUCAGGAGUACUACAGCAAAUCCUUAUCAACUAGGAAAUCUCUCAAACUUGCACUAUCUUGACAUCCGAGGUCUCUUCCUAAAUAUUGACAACCUUGAAUGGUUAUCUCAUCUUUCCUUGCUAGAAUUCCUAGACAUGAGUGAGAUCGAUCUUAGUAAAACAUCUGCAUACCUACAGGUUCCAAUUCAAGUUGCUUUCCAGAACAUGUCUACUCUGAGAUAUCUAUAUCUCCGUGGUACCAACUUCUCUUACAUGAUCCCUAACUGGUUAUACAAUAUGACUACUCUUGAAAGACUUGAUCUUUCAAAUAACCAUAUUCAAGGUGUGCUUCCUAGCGCCUUUGGAAGCCUUUCCCGGUUGAUAUAUCUUGACCUGUCAAACAAUAGGCUUGAAGGAAAAUCUCUAAGAUUCUUGGGAAAUCUUUGUAAACUGCAACACUUAGAUUUAUCUCGCAACAAUCUUAGUGGAGGUGUAUAUGAACUUUUAGGAAAUUCAUCUGCUUGCAGCGCGACAAGUUUAAAGUUUUUAAAUUUGGCUACAAAUAAACUUUCAGGUGUAGUCCCUUCUUGGUUUUGGAACCACUUUUCCCAAAUUAGUGUUCUAGAUCUUUCUGACAAUUACUUUAAUGGGAGCAUUACAAGUUUAUCUUGUGGAGUGGAAGUUUAUCUUGGUUCAAACAACUUUUCUAGCCCUCUCCCCAACAUCUCUUCUACCAUUCAGGAUUUAGAUCUUUCAAAUAACUUAUUCAGUGGAUUUUCUACUGCCUUUUGUGAAGAUGUUGUGCACCAGUUGCAUUAUCUUGAUCUUUCAAGAAAUCUUUUAUCCGGAGAAAUUCCUGACUGUUGGAUGCUCAACUAUGUUUUAUUAGAAGAGCUAUACUUGGGGAACAAUAACCUGACAGGAAAGAUACCAAGCUCCAUGGGUUCUAUACCAUCACUUUUAUCCUUAUCCUUGCAUAAAAACAAUCUGGUAGGAAAUUUACCGUUGUCCAUGCAAAAUCAGACAGCGAUAGAGCUUUUAGAUCUUAGUGAAAAUCAUUUCUCUGGCAGCUUACCCCUUUGGUUUGGAAAAAGUUUAUUCACUCUUAUGGUUCUUGUGCUUCGCUCAAACAACUUUAGUGGCAGUCUUCCUCAAGAGCUCUGUCGCCAAACUCAACUUCAGAUCUUGGACGUUUCAAAUAACAACUUCUCAGGAUCCAUUCCACGAUGCUUUGGAAAUUUUAGCGCCAUGGUGAGACCAGCAGAAGGUGCCCGAAUCUUUGAUUUUAUCCCACCAAAGGGAGGAUUCUCACAAUCAACAUUCUUAGUGAGGAACGGAAUGGAGUACGAAUAUAAAAAUAUUCUUGCUCUCGUCACAAGCAUGGACCUUUCGAGCAACAAUUUAAUCGGAGAGAUCCCCGAGGAACUCACCAAUCUCUACGGCCUGCUAUUCUUGAACUUGUCUAACAAUCAACUCCAUGGAAAGAUUCCAGACAAGAUCAAUACCAUGAAAUUGUUGGAGUCUCUCGAUGUAUCAAUGAAUCAUUUGACAGGUGUAAUACCUCAAAGCAUGGGGAAUUUAACAUUCUUAAGCCAGUUGAACUUAUCAUACAACAACUUGUCUGGUAGAAUUCCCUCCAGCACUCAGCUUCAAAGCUUUACUGCACUGAGUUUCAUUGGCAACCAUGAUCUUUGUGGACCUCCGCUUACGCCCAGCUGCAUUGGAGACAACACACCCCCAGAGCCAAUAACACCAAAUUUUGAUGACAAAGGAGGCGAGGACAGCGGCUGGAUUGACAUGAAGUGGUUUUACAUUAGCAUACCAUUGGGAUUCGUUGUGGGGUUUUGGAGCUUAUUUGCUCCAUUAGCUUUGAACAAGGCUUGGAGAUAUGCUUACUUUAAGUUUUUUGAUAACAUGAUGUAUAAACUCUUCGGUCGUGUUUGA